GUCUGUCUCCUCUAUCAGGCAUGGCAGUGGCUGAAGCUUUCCGGCACAUCCCCUCCAUCUACAACGCCAGUCUCCGGAGGUACCUGGGCACCACCCUCUUCCUCUUCAGCUUCGCCCUGGGCUUCUACCUGCUGCUGAAGGCUCUCGGCGUUGACCUGCUGUGGUCAGUGGAGAAAGCCAAGAGGUGGUGUGACCGGCCGGAGUGGAUCCACAUUGACACCACCCCCUUCGCCGGCCUCCUCAGGAACCUGGGCAUCCUGUUUGGGCUGGGGCUGGCCCUCAACUCCCAGAUGUACCUGGAGAGCUGCAAAGGGAAAAUGGGCCAGCAGCUGCCCUUCCGCCUGAGCUGCAUCGCGGCCUCGCUCCUCGUCCUGCACCUCUUCGACUCCUUCAAGCCUCCCACCAAGGUGGAGUUGCUGUUUUACGUCCUGUCCUUCUGCAAGAGCGCGGCCGUGCCCGUGGCUGCUGCCGGCCUCAUCCCCUACUGCGUCGCCCGGCUCAUCAGGAGGCAGGAGGAAAAGGUUUUAUGAGAGAGAGCAGAGCUGCAUGGGACUGGCUGCCUCUAGCUC